UCAUGAACUGACCUAGCUUGCCGAAGAAAAUAAACAAAAAUGGGGCACCUACAGACGCUUGGCGUUGUGAUGACUUGACUCGUUCCAUUAUAUUUGUGGUCCAUAAGACUGCAUUUUAACAUUUUGGCUGGCUUUAAAGCUCUCUUCCUUGGCAUUUUAACCGCAUCUAAAGUGUAAACCCUGAGUGUGGCGUGUGGGAUGAACUACUUGUGUCACAAUGGACAGCGAUUUGAGCCCACAGGACAGAAAAGACUUGGACAAAUUCAUUAAAUUUUUUGCCUUAAAGACUGUGCAGGUGAUUGUUCAGGCUCGACUGGGUGAGAAGAUCUGCACUCGCUCAUCUUCGUCCCCCACUGGCUCAGACUGGUUUACUCUUGCAAUUAAAGACAUCCCAGAGGUGACUCAUGAAGCCAAGAAAGCUCUGGCUGGGCAGCUACCCAGCAUUGGGCGUUCUAUGUGUGUAGAGAUCUCCCUGAAAACCUCAGAGGGUGAUUCGAUGGAGCUAGAAACAUGGUGCCUGGAAAUGAAUGAAAAGUGUGAAAAAGACAUUAAAGUGUCCUACACGGUUUAUACCCGCCUGUCUCUGUUGCUCAAAUCUCUCCUGGCUAUCACAAGAGUUACUCCUGCUUACAAACUCUCACGCAAGCAAGGCCAUGAUUACGUCAUUCUGUACAGGAUAUAUUUUGGAGAUGUGCAGCUAUCAGGACUUGGGGAAGGCUUCCAGACAGUACGUGUAGGCAUUGUGGGGACUCCCAUAGGGACCCUCACCCUGUCCUGUGCAUAUCGCACCAAUCUUGCCUUGAUGUCUUCCAGGCGGUUUGAAAGGACGGGCCCCAUCAUGGGCAUUAUCAUUGACCACUUUGUGGAGCGCCCCCUCAGCAACACAGCCAUCAUGCACCCCUGCAACUACAGGGCUCCAGGUGAGGAAGAGGGAGGAGCUUAUGCCGGUGUGGAGGACUCCCAGGAAGUCUGCACCACCUCGUUUUCCACUUCUCCACCUUCUCAGUGUGUGUGCACUGUAAGUCAAGCACAUAGUAAGACUCCUAAGCCUGCUCUGAUGGCCACUCUGAAGGUCCCCAUGAUGGGGCUGGGCUUCUCACAGCAACUAUGUACUUCUCGUCUGUCAUAUCAGACGCCCCCGCUGGGUGCAGUAGAUGUGUGUCAUCCCGCAGCUUGCACUGCCAUUGCUCACCCCCACCAGAUGGCUGUGCCAGGGAAAGAGGGUGGAGUCCCGCAGGUGCUGCUUCAGCCCAGUCAUGGCACUCAGGCUGACCAUGGGCGUGCCCCUUCUUGCCCUACUGCAGACAUGCACCACCAGCCUCCACCCUCCAGCUGCAGCAGUGGUGAUGCAGAUGUGUUGUCAAGGAGCAGUGAGGUGAAGAGUGCAUCCCCUUCAGAUGCACUGGAGACAACCUUCACCAGGAAAGUAGGAGCCUUCGUCAACAAACCCACAACACAGGUGACAACAGCCAGUCUGGAUUUGCCAUUUGCUGCAUUUGCUCCCAAAGCAUAUGACCUGGAGGAGAAUGACCCCAUGGUGCAUCCACCAGCAUCACCGACUCCCUCAUCCCCGCUGCAGGGCAGCCUUCACUCUCAGAGCUCCAGCCAAAGCGGGGGCCAAGCACAAGACGACUUUGUCAUGGUCGACUUUAAGCCAGCAUUCUCCAAGGAUGAUCUGUUGCCAAUGGACCUGGGUACUUUUUAUAGAGAGUUUCAGAACCCUCCCCAGCUUGCCAGCCUGUCCAUCGACGUCAGCGCACAGUCUAUGGCUGAAGACCUGGACUCUCUGCCAGAGAAACUGGCCAUCUAUGAGAAGAACAUUGACGAGUUUGACGCAUUUGUGGACACGCUACAGUAGACCGAAAUCAGACUGCUCUUCAGAAACACUUGACU